ACUCUUCUCUCUCUUCGCUUGUGCGCAGUAUUUUCUCUCUCUCUGCUCUCUCUCUUCUCAGCGAUGGCAAUUUCAGCUUCGUUUCGUCUAUUCUAUGCCAGAUUCCCACAAUCUCUCCUCCACCCCAAUACCCCAAUCUUCAAAACCCUCCUUCUAUCAAAACCACCAAUCACCCCAAAGCUCUCUUUCUUCAAAUCAAUCUCAAUUCAAAGACUCCCCACAAAACCUCUUGCUUCAUCAUCAUCAUCUUCAGCCUCUGUUUCUCUCCAACCCAUUGAAGAACUCCCUCCGAAGCUCCAAGAAAUCGUGAAGCUCUUCCAAGCCGUCCAAGAACCCAAGGCCAAGUACGAACAGCUCUUGUUCUAUGGGAAAAAUUUGAAUCCCCUCGAUACCCAAUUCAAGACCAGCGAGAACAAGGUUCAGGGUUGUGUCUCUCAGGUCUGGGUCAGAGCAUAUCUCGAUUCGGAGAAAAAUGUUGUCUUUGAGGCCGAUUCUGACUCGGUUCUCACCAAGGGACUCGCGGCUUUGCUAGUUCAGGGGCUUUCGGGCCGGCCUGUUGGGGAGAUUUUGAGGGUUUCGCCUGAUUUCGUAGUGCUUCUUGGGUUACAACAGAGUUUGACUCCAUCUAGGAAUAAUGGGUUUUUGAAUAUGUUGAAAUUGAUGCAAAAGAAGGCUAUACAGCUUUAUGUGGAAGCUGAAAAGGCCAGUGAAUCGGGCAGCGAAGCAGUGGGGAGCGGAGAAAACCCGGUCGUGGAUUCAAAUUCAGGCUCGAAAAAUGGGUUUGGUGUUGGGGAUUUGAAAGCUGGAUUGAGUUCUGAAUCAGCAAUGGAUGAUUUAGAAUCUAAUUCAGACGGUGGUGUUGGGUUGGGGGGUAGAGGAAAGAGAAUUGAGGAGAAAUUGAAGAGAGAGCUUAGGCCUACUGAGUUGCAAGUCGAAGAUAUAUCUUAUCAGCACGCAGGGCAUGCCGGUGUUAGGGGCAGUGAUGGUGAAACACAUUUUAAUGUGAAAGUGGUGUCGAAAGAGUUUGAAGGCAAGAGUAUGGUUAAGAGACAUAGGCUAAUUUAUGAUUUGUUGCAAGAUGAGUUGCAGAGUGGAUUGCACGCAUUGUCAAUUGAGGCAAAGACACCAUCUGAAGUCGAUGGGAGAAAAGAGAGUAACACAAUUAUGGAAUGGAGAUGAAAUAGGUGUAUGCGGAAUAUCAUGUGACCCUAUGUGCAGAGAAUGGUUAAGAUGCAAUUUUAAACCGUCAACAUCUGUGUAGAAGAUGGAUGGAAAUUCAUCAUGUGACUAUCACACGACUUAAAUAUUAGUUUAUUAAAAUAAAUUUGAGGGAUUAAAAUGAAUCUAGAGAAAAUCUUUUACGAUUAAAGUGGUUCUAAAUUGGGUCAUGUGCUUUAUCUUGAUAUGAUCCUGCUUAAGUAUCUUCUUUGGAGAUCCUAGAUCAAGCUGUACUAUUGGAUAUGUUUCUGGGUUUAAUAGACAUAAUAGACGUUAAAAGUAGAUUGUACAAUACACCAUUAGUG